CUAACGGAGAAUCAUUCAUUUGCAUUCAGUUUUAAAUGGGCUCAAUCAAUAACUUAGCACUUUGCACUUGCACUUGAACAAACAUGUUCCUGUUAAGGAUCAUUUUGUUUAUCGCUGCUAUAUUGGCUCUGAACUUUGAACAGAGUUUCUGCACCUGUGCUCGUGCUGAAUAUGAGAUUCAAGGAGAAUGUUGCCCUAUGUGUGCUCCGGGAAACCAUGUUUAUUGGCAUUGCACUGUGGAUACCAGUACAACUUGUGUUCCAUGUCCUGAAUCAUCUUAUACAGAAGAACCCAAUGGUCUUAUGAAAUGCUUUGCCUGCUCUAUGUGUGAUGCAAUUAUAGGACUAAGAGUAAAGAAGGCUUGCACACGCACUGCAGAUACAAUCUGUGAGCCACAGCAGGGAUUUUACUGCACUGACCAAAAUAAACACAGCUGUACAUUAACUGAGGAACAUACAAAAUGUAACCCUGGACAAUAUAUUAAACAAACAGGAACAGCAUUUGCUGACACUAUAUGUGCAAACUGUACAGACGGCACAUACUCAAAUGGCUCUUUAAUGGCUUGUCAACCACAUUCAAAAUGUGAAAUUAAGGGGCUUACAAAAAUAAAAGCAGGAACAAAGUCAUCCGAUGUUGAAUGUGGGGCAUCUACUCCAGUUGCUCUUAUAGUUGGAGUCGUUUUAUGUUCUUUGAUGGUUGCUGUUACAGCUUUAUUAAUAUACUACUUCAAAGUAAGACGGAAACAACCAGACAGAAAUCCUGGUGGUUAUUCCUUACAACCAGUGAUGACGUGACUUAGAACCACCACCAAAUUAGGCAUUGCUGCAAUGGACUGUUAAGACAGCUUAGAGGAAAAUUGGUGUACCUCUGCCCAACCUCCAUACUUGUACCAGAGAUGGGGACUCGAGUUUGAGACUCAGACACAGUGGCCGUUUCAAGGCAAUGUCAAGGAAGGAUCCUUGGAAGCCAGAAUUUCGAGGAUGCUAUGUCUUUGACAUCCGUCGAAGGGCUGUUCCAUUGUCGAGGAUACUCGCGAUUGCAACCAAGGGCUGAGUCCUUCGUUCAAGAAAUAUCCCAGGAAAGGAUGUAAAUGUGUAUCCUUCGCGGUCUUCGCUCGAUGAAAUCACCCACAAUCCUACAAUCCUAUGCCCGCAGGGACGAAAGCACACAUUUUCAUUGACAUAAUGACGCAAUGACGUGCACUUGCUUGCCUCUUCCAUUUACAUGUUCUCCAAUUUCUAAAGAGGAGCCUCGCCUAGCCUCUGAAGGAAGUGACUUGUAAGGACUAGUCGUGCCAAGGAAGUAUCCUUGACAAUGAGAAACAGCCAGUGGUGGACCCGCGGUUUGGCGCGCAUGCUAUUCACAGAAUAAUGUGCAAUUUAAAUAGGGAAAGUUUAUCAUUUACGUGUUUCUAAUGCUUGCAAAUGUUAACAUUCAAGUGAUUUAAAACAAUUUAACCGCAAAAAGGCGCUAAAGUGAGCAGAUUUCUGUACGCACAUGCAUUUAAAUGUGUUUUUAUGUGUAGCGACUGUUUAUGUUGCAUCUUCUUCCUGAAGCACUGUUUGGAAUUCGCCCUCCGCCGGUGUAUGAGCACGUGAAGUGCCCUCAGUAGUGCAUAUACGGAUAGAAGUGUUUCAAAAAGUAAGCCAACAUAAAAUCUUUCUGUUCUUGACAGGGCACAUACACACACAAAAUGACCUCUCAGUAUUCUUUUUCUAAUAAAACAUUUGUUUAUGUCUUAAGUAUAUUUAUAGAUUACAGUCAGAAACCAGUCUGUGCUUAUUUGUACUUAAAGAGACAGUAACCUCAAUUAACCCCUAACUUUUUCUGCAUUCAAGGAAUGUGUCCCCAAUAUAU